GAACCCAACACAGCACUCAUACAUAUUCAAACCACACAGCUAUGCUCAUGCUCACCAGCACUACCUCAACCUGACACCACGCGCACACCCACAGACACACAGACACACAGACACACGGACACACGCACCAUGUCGGACGCGUCAAAUUCCAAGUCCAAGUCCAAGCAACCGCAACCACAGCUCGACGACGAAGAAAAGAGCAUACUCUCCGCCGUCACAAGCUCAGCCGCCGGGCUACUGAGCUCCAUAACGCGGGCACCACCAUCAUCCGUCGCCUCCGCACUCGACUCGGCAUCGUCGUCGAAAUCGCACGGUGGCUCGUCGUCCCGCGCAGUCGCGGGUUCAAGUUCGUCGUGGUCCGAGACAGUUGCCGGUCCCGGUCCUGGGCGGAUCGACGACCGGAGCUAUAACGGACAGGGCUACGGCGAUCUCCGCGGCUCGGGAUCGGAUGCGCACAUGGCGUUUGCGGCAGCGGAGGAGGACUAUAGGUAUUUCGCCGCGGGCGGCGGCGGCAGCGAGGGUGGUGGUGCGUUCCACACUUCGGGGUCGAGGUCGGCGGCACAUCCGCAACCACAAUACCAUCCCCAACCGGACGACGGAGCGGAUGUGGUGGCGCUCCUCUCCUUCCCGUUGUCCACCUCCGAGAUCUACACCGACGACCUCCUCGAGACAGUGGACAUCAGACACCCAGUCGUGGCGGCAUUCGUGGAGUGUCAAGAUCCUGUCGAAUUCCUUGUUACGCGGCCGGAGUGGAGUAAUUAUACCGACAGUGUGUGGGGCGAUCUACUUGACGUGUUGAGAGAUGCAAAGAAAGAAAUAGAGGUUGAUGAGGGGAAGGGGAAGGAGGAAGAGGAUGGGAGGGCGGUUGAGAGGUUGAAGCAGAUCUGGGGGCAGUUGAGGGCAAAGCUGUAGGGAAUGUGCGGGUGCGAUUUCGGCGUUCAAGAGAAUUUUUCUCGGCGAGUACAUCCUACAUACCGUAGCUCCCCGAAAUACGGUGGAGCGACGGGACUGGGUUGGCGGAGGUUGA